GGUAAAAGCUCUUUAUUAUGUUCUUCCCAACCGUCAAAAACUAUUUAGAAUUUCCACUUCUUCUUCUUCUUUCACAUAUAACUAAAUCGGGAUAACUCCAAACUUAUUAUAUUUUUCUUCAGCUAUGAGCAACGAAUAUGAUUACUUGUUCAAGCUUUUGUUAAUCGGAGAUUCUUCUGUUGGAAAAUCAUGUCUACUUCUCAGAUUUUCUGAUGAUUCUUUUGUUGAGAGUCAUAUCAGUACAAUCGGAGUCGAUUUUAAAAUCUCUACAUUAGAGCUUGAGGGAAAGACUGUCAAGUUACAGAUCUGGGAUACAGCAGGACAAGAGAGAUUCAGGACUAUAACCAGCAGUUAUUAUCGAGGGGCUCAUGGAAUCAUUAUCGUAUAUGAUGUCACUGAGAAGGAGAGCUUUGACAAUGUAAAGCAGUGGUUAAGUGAGAUUGAUCGAUAUGCAAACGAUACUGUGUGCAAACUUUUGGUUGGAAACAAAUGCGAUUUGGUAGAAGAAAAAGUGGUGGAAACGGAAACUGCAAAGGCAUUCGCAGAGAAGCUUGGCAUCUCUUUUCUUGAAACUAGUGCCAAGGAUUCUAUUAAUGUGGAACAGAUUUUCUCAACUAUGGCUGCUGAAAUUAAAAAAAGAAUUGGAAACCAGCAGCCAACCGGCCCAACCUCUAACAAGAAAGUGGCAAAAGCUGUGCAGAUGAAGGGGCAGCCUAUUCAGCCCAGAAGCAAUUGCUGUGGUUAGCUGAUGUCUCUUUUCCUGCUGCCUGGUAGUUGUAUGUAAAUGAUUGCAAAGUCAGCAAUCGUAAAUAUGUGAUGAUAAUAUUGUUCUUGUGUGUUAAUCAUUUGGAUUUUGGUAACUAGAACUUUUAACUUUGUCCAUCCAAACACCUUCUGUAGAUAAUCUCGAUACUAGUUUCCAAGGCCAUGGUAUUUUAAUUUCCACAUUGGUCUCUCAA